GGAGCCCAGCAACAGCCAGUUCCUCUCCCACCGUGCCGGCCCGCGCUGCCUCUCGCUCCCCUGCGGCGGAGCCUUUGGGCCCGACGCGCUGCAGCCUCCUGACUGCUGCAGGCGGGGCAUCGGUCACUCCCGACCCCGAGCCUGCAACCCCUUGGCCAAGUGUCCCGCGUUCUCUGCCUGCAGCCCCUCACCAGGAGGGCUCCUCUGGGCUGUCCUGUCGCGCUCCCAGCUUUGAACUCAAGUCACCGUGGAGCUCCGCCGCCGCAGACCCGAAACUUUCACCGUGAGCGGGAAAUAUGGGAUGUAUAAAAUCAAAAAGGAAAGACAAUCUGAAUGACGAUGGAAUAGAUUUGAAGACUCAACCAGUACGUAAUACUGACCGAACUAUUUAUGUGAGAGAUCCAACGUCCAAUAAACAGCAAAGGCCAGUUCCAGAAUCUCAGCUUUUACCAGGACAGAGGUUUCAAACGAAAGAUCCAGAGGAGCAAGGCGACAUUGUGGUGGCCUUGUACCCCUAUGAUGGCAUACACCCUGAUGACCUGUCUUUCAAGAAAGGAGAGAAGAUGAAAGUCCUGGAGGAGCAUGGAGAAUGGUGGAAAGCUAAGUCCCUUUCAACAAAGAGAGAGGGCUUCAUCCCCAGCAACUACGUGGCCAAAGUCAACACCUUAGAAACAGAAGAGUGGUUUUUCAAGGAUAUAACCAGGAAAGAUGCAGAACGACAGCUUUUGGCACCCGGGAACAGUGCAGGAGCUUUUCUUAUCAGAGAAAGUGAAACAUUAAAAGGAAGCUACUCUCUGUCUGUCAGAGACUAUGACCCUGUGCAUGGUGAUGUUAUCAAGCACUACAAAAUUAGAAGUCUGGAUAAUGGAGGUUAUUACAUCUCUCCACGAAUCACCUUUCCCUGCAUCAGUGACAUGAUUAAGCAUUAUCAAAAGCAAUCAGAUGGUUUAUGCAGAAGAUUGGAGAAGGCUUGUAUUAGUCCCAAACCACAGAAGCCAUGGGAUAAAGAUGCCUGGGAAAUCCCUCGAGAGUCCAUUAAGUUGGUGAAAAGGCUCGGUGCUGGACAGUUUGGGGAAGUCUGGAUGGGUUACUAUAACAACAGCACCAAGGUGGCUGUGAAGACCCUGAAGCCUGGCACCAUGUCUGUGCAAGCAUUCCUCGAAGAAGCAAACCUCAUGAAGACUCUUCAGCACGACAAACUGGUGAGACUCUACGCCGUGGUCACCAAGGAAGAGCCCAUUUACAUCAUCACCGAGUACAUGGCCAAGGGCAGUUUGCUGGAUUUCCUCAAGAGUGACGAAGGUGGCAAAGUGCUGCUCCCGAAGCUCAUCGACUUUUCUGCUCAGAUUGCAGAGGGCAUGGCUUACAUCGAGCGGAAGAACUACAUCCACCGCGACCUGCGAGCAGCCAAUGUCCUGGUAUCUGAGUCACUCAUGUGCAAGAUUGCAGAUUUUGGUCUUGCUAGAGUCAUUGAAGACAACGAGUACACAGCAAGGGAAGGUGCUAAGUUUCCUAUUAAGUGGACAGCUCCAGAAGCAAUCAACUUUGGAUGUUUCACUAUCAAAUCUGAUGUAUGGUCCUUUGGAAUUCUCCUGUACGAAAUCGUCACCUACGGGAAGAUUCCCUACCCAGGGAGAACCAAUGCUGAUGUGAUGACUGCCCUGUCUCAGGGUUACCGGAUGCCCCGCAUGGAGAACUGCCCAGAUGAGCUCUAUGACAUUAUGAAGAUGUGCUGGAAAGAAAAGGCAGAGGAGAGACCAACGUUUGAUUACUUGCAGAGUGUCCUGGAUGAUUUCUACACAGCCACGGAAGGGCAGUAUCAGCAGCAGCCUUAGCACUCAGGGUGACUUGUCCCUCCAUCAGGAAUGGCUGCCUCAUUUGGUGAAAGAAAGUGACAGUCACUGGUUGCACCAGUUAUCUCACAUGCUGCGAUCAUUUGCCAUGCCUGAUUCCUGAAAGUAGAGGCUAAAUUACUCAGGAAGCUCACAGUGAACAUGGAAAUGUAUUCUGUUCUCUUGGACUAAUGCCCAGCAGGAUACAGCUUGGACCACACCUUAGCUGGUCACCUUGCUCUGCUACCAACAUCAGAAUACAACCUCUUAAGAAGAAAACACCUGUUUUCUCCAAAAGUGCUCCCACACCAACCCUGUUUACAAUUGGAUGUGUAAAUCAAAGGUUCAGAGACCAUUGCAACAAAUCCCCAGUAAAGCAGAACUAUACUCAUUUUUAAAAAGCAUAAAUAACCAGAUGCAUAGCCUGACAUUUUGUAUUUUCUUUGUGCUUUGCCUUACUUAAAAAAAAAAAAUUACUAAUCCAACCUGUUAGAUAUUACAGAUGAAGUCAGCAACUUAAAGAUGUCUUUCCCAGACUUCAGUGUUUUUGGUUUUGUGAGGUUUCCUGCCCAGGAAUCUUAGACCUUUAAACAUUUUUCUUUGAUGAACGCUGAUCAGAUCCGAGGCCUAUGGCAACCCCAAAGUAGCACGUGCGCUCUGAGCGCCCCCUGCAGGAGCGCCAUUGACAAGCACUCACAGCAACUGAGCAGCCCAUGGAAUCCCAACUUCACAGAGCUGGCCCAGACCUCCCAGGGCCAAGAGGAGAACCUGGGAAACUUCUCUCUCUCUCUCUCUCUCUCUCUCUCUCUCUCUCUCUCUCUCUCUCUCUCUGUUAUGGAGGAAUAUUUUUAACAGUGUAGCUUUUUCAGUUCCAUGAUUUCCUAAAUAAAGACUUAUUUGACAGUGCCCUUUGAAAAACAAAAUUAAGAUUUUAAUCUUUGCAGAGCCUUAUAGGGUUUUCUAAGACAUAAGCAUUUCCUUUGUUGUUUCAGAUGAUUUGAAUAUCAUUUUAAGAAUCAAAUACUAAUUUUAGUUGUACUCUAGAAAGUAAAAAUGCCAUAUUUGGGGCUAUUUUUGUGGUUAAGCAAUCUUAAUUGUAUAAGAUGUGUGUGAGACUAUUUAUACGUAAAGAUAUGAAGGAAAAUAAGUGACUAAGGAAGCUCUUUGAGCAGCUGUGACAAACCACCCCAGAUGUUUUGUUUACUUGAUUUUUGUACUCAGCUUUGGACAGAAACUGCUGUGUCACUUCAUUUCACUUAUGCUGUUAUGUAUAUACCUAAUAAUUCUAUUUUUUUGAUUUUAAUAUACCUGGCCCAACAACCUCUUAGGCUUUUUUUCUUGUGUUUAACAUUUCAACUAUUGCCAUUGUAAAACUGAGUACCAGUUAGUAGGAAGGGGGGAGAGAAAUAACUCCAUAUAAAUAUGUGAUAAAAACUUGCAGAAGUUCUACCUCCAUUCUUUGAGCAUUUCAGGUUGGAGAACUGAGGAACUGACCGCUUGGAUGCCUGAACAUCCCAUGAUGGGGACCAAAUAAGAUGUGUCUUCAAAUGGGCUUUGCGGGCACCAUUAACAUUUUGCAUGUUUUGUUAGGUCCUGGUACCUCAGGGAAGGAAUCAAAUAUUGUACUUUUCUCUUAAGUUUUAACUUCUGUUUUUCUUCUGCGAUUGUUUAAAUGUCCCUUCUAAAGUAUUCUAAGAUUCUUCAUUCACAAGUGCCAUAUUGACAAAGACAGAAUAUUAUCAUAUUUGCACGGCUAGUCACAAUGAUGAUUCACAAUGGUAAGUUUUCUACCUAUACCCAGCCUGUUCACAUUUUACUUCAGAACCACAUGUGAUUCCCCAAUAUAUUACAUAGAGAGGAAGUUUAAAGUAUCCGUAGGACAAAAAGAAGUCUCUAGAAAAUUACUAAAAAUUUGCCUUCACUUUGUUCUGCUUUUUACAAUUUGGUGAAAAAAAGUGACAGUCAUUUUUUAUUUUUAUUUCUAAUUUUUUAUUUGGCUUUCCCUCUCAAUCAAGCAUUCGAUUCUUUUCUCUUCUGUCAGGAGCCAUCAGAGAUACACACUUCCUCUUCUCAAGAAAAUACUAUGCAAUGGAAGUAGGCAGGCUGUCCCUAGAGUUUAUCAAAAGUUAAUAAAAGGAGGAACUGUUUACACAGUGGAUAGAUCAAGAUUAUAAUUAUAAAUUCAUUUGCAAUUCUGCUAGUGGUGCCUAAUUUCCCUUUAUUCUUCCCCUUGCUCUCAUAAGCUACAUCCGCUACAGGGGUGGUAACUGUUAAAAUGUUCUUAGCACUGAAACACCAGCUUCUGAUACAUUCAACUGAAUUAAACAAAAUGCUCCUACUGCUGGGCUACCCAGCGCUUCUGAUUUUAACCACUGUGUUCCAUAGCCAGUUCAUGAACGUUUCCUAUUUCCCAGCUAAAAGCAUGUCACAGAUGAAAUCAAACUUCCCACUUUUCCUCCUCAAUGUCUCCUUUAUCGGCUCCUGCCUGGUGGAACAGAGACCCCACAUUUUUACUACAUGAAGUUUUUAGAUUAAGUGAAGCUGAGCCUUGCCGUUCAUGCUGAUGGAAAGUAGUGAGUAUAAACACAUGAAGAUACUUACACAUCUACCAGGACUCUCUUUGGUGCUCUGGCACUUUAUAAAAAUUAUCUCUUAUACAAUACACUGGAAGAUCUGACAGGCUAUCUGUUUCACAACUGAGAAAUAAGGUUCUUUAAAGCCACAGAAAGAAUAGGUUAGCUUUGCUUCAUAUUGUUUUCUUGUGAAAUAAAACUGGUGAAGUGAUUUUGGAGCAGACUCGCCCUGACUCUUGGGUGUUCUGAGUCAACAAAGGUAUUACAAGAUGCUCCACUGGAGUCCACAUAGAUGUGAAGGAAAAUGUUAUUAAAUCAUUUUUGGUGUGGACAAAAUGUCACACAAGAGCUAAACUCACCACUUACACUUUUAAAUAAUUGUAGGGACUACAUUUUUUAAUAAAAUAUUUUGAUAAUA